AUGGCGUCUGUGCGUGAUCGAUACCGCGGAAUUUACGUUGAAAAUGACCGUAUUUGUGAUGAAUUUGGUUGUGAGUCGGCCGGAGGGUUACCCUGGCAGUACGGGGCGCGAGCUCCACACCCGGUGCUGGCUCACGACCCGCUCAAUAGAAAGGAGAUUUUGUUUUGGUCCACCAGUGCCGCGGCGGAGGUUUAUGGCAUUUCAUAUCGUUGCAAGUCCGUUUCGCUUGCUAUUAUUCCUAUGGCGGCGUUGCCGUUCCGUCUUGUGGUUCGAGCUCGAUUCUCUAUUGGACCGCGGUGGUUGGCGGCGCUGCGAGCAGUCAGUCGGCCGCGCAGCUCGGUGCGCGACGUUUGUCCGAGGAAGGGCUCCGCUUGCGUCCCUCCUGUCUUGGUGUGGCAGUAUCGCGGGUGCGAAAGAGAUAGCAAUUUGCGGGAAAGAGAGAGCGCUAUGGCAGUGUCGCAACCUCGCCCACCUGACCGUGUUGAUGCCGCGCUCGAAAAAGUUGCGCCGUUGCGCUAUUUGGAGGCGCACGAAUGUGCCCGCUCGGAGCAAGUCGUGACGCGCUUUUAUCAUUUUUCAUUGUCUCUUGACCGUUUUCUGAGUUACAAGAAGAUUCCUUGCAUCCGAUUGAAUAUCGUUUCGCGUCUGCUUUUGAUAUUGAACGGUGAUCCGUGUUAUGGGUGA